AGCAGCGUCGCCCGUAAGCUGAAAAACUGGCCAGCACAAUGGGAAAAAAACAGAACAAGAAGAAAGUGGAAGAGGUCUUAGAGGAAGAGGAGGAGGAGUAUGUGGUGGAGAAGGUCCUGGAUCGGCGAGUGGUAAAGGGCAAAGUGGAAUACCUGCUGAAGUGGAAAGGCUUCUCGGAUGAAGAUAACACAUGGGAGCCGGAGGAGAACCUCGACUGCCCAGACCUCAUUGCAGAGUUCCUUCAGUCCCAGAAAACCGCACACGAGAGCGAGAAGUCCGAGGGAAGCAAGCGCAAAGCGGAGUCUGACACGGAGGAUAAAGGGGAGGAGAGCAAACCAAAGAAGAAGAAGGAGGAGUCGGAGAAACCGCGAGGCUUUGCCCGAGGAUUUGAGCCGGAGCGAAUCAUCGGUGCCACGGAUUCCAGCGGGGAGCUCAUGUUCCUGAUGAAGUGGAAGAACUCGGACGAGGCCGACCUGGUCCCUGCCAAGGAAGCCAACAUCAAGUGCCCGCAGGUGGUCAUCUCGUUCUACGAGGAGAGGUUGACAUGGCAUUCCUACCCCUCAGAGGACGAUGACAAGAAAGAGGACAAGAACUAA